AUGGCUCAAAUGAUGCAAGGCAGGCAGGGACAACAACCUCCUACUCAAGUUCCUGUUCCUCAAGCUGCAACUGGACCAGACUUUCGUGCCUUCUUCAGGAUGGAUCCUCCAGAGUUUGUUGGCGGACUUGAUUCUCUAUUGGCUCAUGAUUGGUUAGCUGGUAUGGAAAAAGUGUUUCAAGCUAUUCAGUGUACUGAAGAAGAAAAGGUGAUAUUUGCUACUCAGAAGAUGAAGGGACCAGCUCUUAGGUGGUGGAACACUGCAUCUACUUAUUUCACCGCACAAGAGAUUCCUAAGGAUUGGCAACAUUUCAAAGUAGCAUUCUUGGAGAAGUAUUUCCCUAACAAUGUAAAGACUCAGAAGGAGCGAGAAUUCCAGAACUUCAAGCAAGGCAACAUGUCUGUUUCAGAAUAUGCGGAGAAGUUCGAGGACUUAGCUGAUUAUUCCCGACAAGGUGUUUAUGCUCCGGAUGAACUAUGGAAGAUUGACUAG